AUGAUCAUCGUUUGCUUCGGGGUUUUCGUCUUCAUAACGAGGAACCUUCGAGACACCAUCACACCUCUUUGCUGGGCUGCAUUUUUCGCAGUUCCGAGCACGCUGCUGAUCUCGUACUUGGAUCGCCUGAUCAAUGCGGUCAUGAGCAGGCUGGUGCAGCUCUGGCAUCGUAUGUGGGGCUCGCGACGAGUCGAAUGUCCAGAGUUUGUCCACUUCGUGGCCGCCCAUGGCGACAGCCACAUUUGCCUAGACAAUGCACCUGGCACAGCUGCAUUCCUUCGCAAGGUGAACACGCCAUGCAUUGGCUGUGGCGCCGGGCUCCUCAAGCUGCUGCAAGUGCUGCGCCUUGAGUCCUGCUUCCGGCGGCGCGUCAAGAUUGUCAGCCUCUCUUUGCAGGAUGGCACUGAUGGCGAAUCCCUGGGCCCUGAAGUCAAUCGACUGGUACAAGGCUGGACUUACUACGCUUCCAGUGCAGGAACACGGGACUUCGCGUUUGAUGGCGAGGAAGGACUCACUACAAUUCGGCUCGAGCUCUUCCUGGACGCAUCAGAGCAGUAUGCUGCGGUGAUCCCGACAAGUCCGCCUACCACGCGAUCAAACAUCAAUGGGACCUUGGAGAUGGACAAGAGCUCUUCCCUGUCCUGGUUGGUGGCGCUGCUGUUAACAUUGCUUCUGGUUUCUGCCGGCAUGUGGUUCUUUAUUGAAUGCAUCACUCUGGGCGUGCAGAGCUUCACAGCUAACUUGGACGAUUACAAGAAGGGUGUUGAGGAUUUUCUCAACCUUGUCAAGCCGAUUCUGCCGGAGAGCACAUGGAAGGAGCUGCAGCAGAAGAUUACGUCGUUCCUAACCAACGAGCUUGGGACGCUGGCCUCGCAGCUUGCGUCUUCACUCGAGUCACUGAGCUUCCAGGCUCUCAUGUUCUUUGUGUACCUUUUCUUUUGGAUCUUUGAGCCUCUGCCAGUGAGCAGCCCUGUCGCAGAGGUCUUCAAAUCUUAUCUUCUGAUGAAAACGUUCAUUUGCUUGCUUUUCUCUGCCUUGAUGAGCGUUUUGCUCAUGUGCCUGCAGUGCAAGAUCUGGAGCCUAUUUUUUGUUUUGACCUUCCUUCUGAACUUUAUUCCGGAGAUUGGUGCCAUCGCCUCUGCGAUCCUUACAGUCCCGGCCAUCUUGUUUGAUGGGCAUCUGCCUAUGGAGCGGCGCCUGGAGAACUUGAUUUGGCUCGUGAUCAUGGGAACCGCGAUCAAAGUCUUCACAGGCAAUGUAGUGGAGGUGCAGAUGUAUGCUACCAUGGGUGGGCAGUUUAUGCGCAUGCACCCCGUGAUCAUCAUGGCGUUGAUCAUGCUGUUCUCCUCACUCUUGGGUGUCACUGGAAUGUUCUUGGCCGUUCCGAGCAUGGCGGCAGUGAAGUACUACCUGGUCUCAACCGACAUGCCAGAUCAGUUUCAGCAUCCACUGCUAGUUGCAAUCGAGGGUGAUGCAACAGGUCCCCACAAGAACUUCGUGGAUCAGAAGCGCAUUCAACAGCACGCUGCCACAACCUCCAACGCUGCCAGCACGGUUGAGCUGGCGACAUCUUAG